AUGGAAGAUUUUAAACAGUAUCAUCGUAGUCGAAAACGAUGGUUAAAAGAACAACAAAUUAUUCGCAAGAACUAUCAGCUAUCUUCCAACACUCCAUAUCUAUAUACAUUUACUUUCCAUAGACCAAUACCUAAUCACGAAAAGAUCGUUGUCACCAAUGAAAAUCGUCAGUCAAAGCACGAUCCACCAAUGUUUUGUUCAAGCUGCUAUUUACAUCUCACUCAGUGCGUGUGCAACGACGGCCUAGGUCAGUGGUGGGCAAACUCAAAAGAACAAACACAGUCAGCAAAUAAACUAUCGAAACAAUCUUCCAAUCUUUCCAUGGGUGAACGUCAUGUUAAUUUCGACUCGAGUGCUAUUGAUUUUACAUCAAUUGAUCACAAACAUACUUCCCAAACCAACCGUACUGAAGAGUAUUAUGUUCUACUAAAUUGGAAUAACUACUCAUCGCUCAUCAACUUUUUCCGAACAACUAAAAUUACAAAAUCGUUUUCAUCUAUGACUCUCGAACAACUGCAGCAAUUAGUCGCGAACAAUGAACAUAUCCAUGUUUUCAAUUCUAUUAAUACCUUACUAUUAUCCUUAAAUGAACGACAGUCUCAACCGAAAAUGACCUAUUUGAUAUACAUCGACCCAACUUAUUACUCAGCGCUCCAAGGAAGCUCUCCAUGGUCUCAAUCUCGAUUGAUUGCUGAUAAUAUCGACCUUACCCGUAGUCUGAGUAGCAUUCAGUAUGUAGUUCGAUCACUCGGAGUAACAAUCGAUGAAUUUUUGCCGAAAGAUAUCUCUCCAAAACAACGGAAAUCUAUUUUGAAUCAACAAACAUCACUCAUUGCCUCAAAGCUUCCAUAUAGUACACGACAUGCGCCGUCGUCUUCUAUUUGA